AUGGAUCCCUUGUUUUGGCCAUCAGAAACUAACAGCUUUCGACGUUUCACCCCUGAGUCCUUGGCAGCAAUCGAGGAAAGAAUUGCUAAGAAAAAAAAGCAGCAAGCUGAGGUUAACCAGGAAAAUAAGGACCAAGGAGAUGAAGAAGAUAAACUUACUCCUCAGCUUGAUCUGAAAACCUGCAAAAAACUGCCAUCUCUGUACGGGGAUCUUCCCGUGGAACUCAUUGGGGAACCUUUGGAAGAUUUUGAUCCAUACUACAGUGACCACAAGACUUUUAUGGUGAUAAAUAAAAGGAGGACUAUUUUCCGGUUUACUGCCACUCCUGCCUUGUGUAUGGUUGGUCCUUUUAAUCCAAUCAGAAAAGCAGCAAUUAAAAUUCUGACCCAUUCAUAUCCUUUUAUUGGUAAGAAUGUUGAUAAUGAUGGUCAAUUUUAUGUGGUAGUAGUUUCAGUUAUAGAAUAUCUUUUUACUGGCAUAUAUACUGGUGAAAUACUGAUAAAAAUAUUAGCAAGAGGAUUUGUUUGGAAUGAAUUUACUUUUCUUAGAGAUCCAUGGAACUGCUUGGAUCUUGUCGUUAUUGUCAUAACGUAUGUCACUAUGUGUAAUAGUAUGGGCAAGAUUUCGGCUCUUCGAACUUUCAGAGUACUGAGGACUUUGAAAGCUAUUUCAGUAAUACCGGGUCUGAAAGUCAUCGUAAAUUCACUUAUUGAAUCUGUUAAGAAACUGACUGAUGUGUUGAUCUUGACUGUUUUUUGCUUGAGUGUAUUUGCUCUAAUAGGCCUCCAGCUUUUCAUGGGCAAUUUAACAUCCAAAUGUGUCCUCAGUAACACUACAUACAAUGACACAUUAUGUAAGGAUGCCAAGAUAUAUGUACCAACUGAUGAAGAUAUCUGCUACAGAAUGAAUAAAUCUAGUGAAAUACUGCUCUGUGGGUUCAGUUCAUAUCCUGAAAAAGAGUGCCCAGAAAACUAUACCUGCAGGAAGGUUGGGAAUAAUCCUGACUUUGGUUACACAAGUUUUGAUCAUUUUGGCUGGGCCUUCCUUUCUUUAUUCCGUCUGAUGACGCAGGAUUACUGGGAGCGUCUCUACAGACAA